UUUGGUCACUACACUGCUGAUGCCACUGGGACUGUGAACGUUCACGAUGGACAGGAAACAAUGUUGCGUGAGUCUGUCGGUCCAACCGUCCAGAGGACAAAUGGAUGAGAAGUUCAUUGUCCUCAUCCAGAAUGCCCCACCUGGUUUCCAGCUGACUGUCCACGCCUUCCACCAGUGUGAAGAUAAAUUAAAAUGGGAGGCGUUUGGUCACUACACUGCUGAUGCCACUGGGACUGUGAACGUUUCAAAGGAUCUCAGUCUGGGUGGGACAUAUUCGGGGGUUGAACCAAUGGGUCUAUUGUGGAGCCUCACACCAGUUCCAGGCAGCAAACCUGGACUCAGGAUGAGGAAGUUCAACGUCCAGACUCCCAUGGAAGUCACAAUCUCAGUGUACCAGGGUCACCAGACUGAGGGGUUUGUGGAUCUAGUGUCGCUGGCGUCUGUGUUGGUGGAGCGCUGGCACAUGGCGCCUGGCAUCCUCAGGAUCCCAAUCACAGAGGAUGGACUAUCUGCAACUCUUUUUCUGCCCCGAGGACCUGGACCUUUCCCUGGUAUCUUGGACCUGUGGGGGGGUGGAGGGAUGUUGCUGGAGCACCGCUCAGCGCUGUUUGCCUGCCAUGGCUUUGCCUCCCUUGCUCUUGACUACCUGACAAAUAAAGUCUCCAUUGAAACUGGGAAUUUCGUGGACAACAAGUACUUUGAGUCGGCCUACAAUGUCCUGCAGCAGCAUCCUCAGGUCCUUGGCAGCAGGAUCGCCAUGGUGGGACUUUCCUUAGGCUGCGCUAUCACCUUCAAAAUGGCUGUUUAUUCUGAUGUUUUUAAGCUCAGUUGUGCGGUGUGUAUCAGUGGGAGUCAUGUGCAGCCAGUUGAUGGAUCUUUGGAGCAAAUUAUCGAUUUUUUUAAGGAAAACGCUGGGAAGACUCGUGUCAAUGAGGAGAACCAGAUAAUCUUGCGAGACCUGCUGCCCAUUACUACUGACACCUCAUUCAAAGCAGACGUGGGACGACUCCAGUGUCCUCUGUUGCUGGUUGUAGGUGAGGAUGAUCAGAACUGGCCAGCUUACGAGUCUGCAAUGGACAUCAAAGAGAUGAUGGAGGGAGCAGGGAACAGCCACCUGCUGACUGUCCUGUCUUACCCAAACACUGGUCACCUUAUUGAACCUCCAUUCACGCCCCACACCAGAGCCAGCAACUUUAUGUUCGCCGCCUCACGUCAUAAGUCAACAUGCUUGUGGGGCGGAGAGAAGGUGGCACACUCUCAUGCUCAGGAAGACGCCUGGAGGAAGAUGCUGCUCUUUCUGAGGAAGAAUCUGUAUGCUGACAGAAACCCUGUUCUAACUAUUUUUUCCCACCUGUGA